GAAGCACCUUUUACAGAACGAACACAUACACUCAGAGAGAGAGAGAGAGAGAGAGAGAGGGAGAGAAUUGUAGAGGCAAUGGAGUCGGAGCUGAAAGAGAUGUUAAUUGAUCUCGACACACUCAAACGAUCCUUACCUGAUCCCUCUCUUCUCGCUUCGAUCGAUAAGAUGCAAUCGCGAGUGGAGCAUCUCACUGACCUUGCGAAGUGUGCACCUGCCCGGCGUUCAAAAGUUAAGGAUAUGAGUGCUGAGGUGGUGGAUAGCAAUCCUUACAGUAGGCUGAUGGCACUUCAGAGGAUGGGUAUUGUGGAGAAUUAUGAAAGAAUACGGGAAUUCUCAGUUGCCAUAGUUGGCAUAGGAGGAGUUGGCAGUGUUGCAGCGGAGAUGCUAACAAGGUGUGGGAUAGGCCGUCUUUUACUGUAUGAUUAUGACAAAGUGGAGUUGGCAAACAUGAAUAGGUUAUUCUUUCGUCCAGAGCAGGUUGGUAUGACGAAGACUGAUGCUGCUGUUCAAACUCUUUCAGACAUUAAUCCAGAUGUUGUGCUUGAGAGCUAUACGCUGAACAUUACAACACUGCAAGGCUUUGAAACUUUUACGUCAAGUCUUAAAAACAAUACAUUUUGCCCAAGUAAAGAAGGAAGUGGAGUGGAUCUUGUAUUAAGCUGCGUAGAUAAUUAUGAAGCAAGGAUGGUUGUAAAUCAGGCUUGCAACGAAAUGAACCAGACAUGGAUGGAGUCUGGGGUGUCUGAGGAUGCUGUUUCAGGUCACAUACAAUUGCUAGUUCCUGGAGAAACUGCCUGUUUUGCAUGUGCACCACCAUUGGUUGUAGCAUCUGGAGUAGAUGAAAGGACGCUCAAGCGUGAAGGGGUCUGUGCUGCAUCUUUACCUACGACAAUGGGGGUUGUUGCUGGGCUUUUAGUUCAAAACACACUUAAGUACUUGCUAAAGUUUGGACAGGUUUCCCCCUACUUGGGAUAUAAUGCGCUGAAAGACUACUUCCCAACUAUGGAAAUGAAGCCAAACCCUCAAUGUUCAAACACAGCUUGUCUAGAUCGACAGAAAGAAUAUAUUCUUGCAAAGCCAGCCAGGGAUGCUGCUGCAGCUAAAGCAAAGAAGGACAAAGUAUCAGUACCAGAGUGCCCUGUUCAUGAUGAUAAUGAGUGGAAUAUAAGUGUUGUUGAUGAUAGUGAGCCCAUUACAGCAGAUGCCAGUAGUUCAGAUACACUGCCCGAGGGUCUCGUUCGCGAGCUCCCUACUGCAGAUGAGUUUCAAAAGCCCUGUGAUCCUCAAGAGAUGAUCGACUCUGUGGAUGACCUUGAUGAACUGCGGAAACAACUGGAAGCACUUAAUGCUGAUUGACUGUCCUCUACAAGAUCUCCUACCGAGACGCAAGUCUUUAAACAUAAUCUAUCAUACUCCAGAUUUUCGUCCCUUAAUACCUGACAAGUGACAUCGUUGUAAGUUAGAAAAAGCGCAUGAAGUUGUGCUGUUGUUUUGUAACAUUUUAAUGUAUCAUAUUGUGUCAUUUUUUGGGGCAUUUUUUCCUAGUUUAAUUCUUAAAUUUCAGAAUACAUGCAUACAUGACAUUGGUUUCACAUACAAGAAUUCACAGUUUGUAGUUUGUACUCCGAACAUCUGUUGGAUCGCACUAGCUAUGUUGGUUUAUUUUAACUUAAUUGGAUUGUAUAAUAUUUCUGCACUUCAAUAA